GAGAGAGAGAGAGAGAGAGAGAGAGAGAGAGAGAGCAGAGCAGAGCAGAUCUGGCAGAGUAGCAGAGCAAUGGCGUCGUCCGACAUGGACGUGAGCUUGGAUUUCUCUUGGGAGGCCCUGGUGCUCGAGCUCGGCGACGCAGAUAGCAUGCACCUGCCGGCCGAGGACUCUCUCUCCGGCCUCUACGACGACUCGACGAGCUCGCCGGACGGCGCCACCUCGCGGUCGACCAAGGCAAGCAGCUUGGAGAGGAAGAACAUAAUCAACGAGAGGCACCGGCGCAGGAUGCUCAACGAGAAGCUCUACGCCCUUCGCCGUGUCGUUCCAAACAUCACCAAGAUGGACAAGGCGUCCAUCAUCCAGGACGCCAUCGCCUACAUCGAGGAGCUGCAGGAGCAGGAGCGCCAGAUCCUGGCCGCCCUCAGAACCGACAGCUGCACCGCCGUGGUCAAGGCGGACGACGCCGCCUCGACCGGCAGCAACGCGGAGGACCAUGGCGUCGGCUCCUCGCCGCGGAAGAAGAUGAGGAGGACCACCUCUGCCUCCUCCAUUAACGGCGCCUUCUCUUCUCCUAACCCGCAUCCGGUUCAAAUCCUCGAGCUGGAGGUGACGCAGGUAGCAGAGGAGUUGACAAUGGUGAGCAUGAGACAUGGAAAUGCCCACGAAGCCACUGCGAAGGUGUGUGAGGCACUCGAUUCGCUCUGUCUCAAGGUCAUCUCAACAAGCAUCACUGCCGUGGCCAGUGGCAUCGUCCACAACAUGUUUGUUGAGACGGAAGGAAUGCAUGGUGCUCAAACAAUCAAGGAGAUGAUACAAACUCACUCAGCCAUCUCGAUGUGAGAAGAAGCUCACCGAUGUCUAUGAGUCCCUGUUGAAGAUUGAGUGUUGCAAAUAAUGCACUAAUGGGCAUCCCAACUAUCUACGAGUUAAUCAUCUCAAUUUAACUAAUGUGCUUCCCAUCUACCUAUGCUCCAACUACCUAGUCAUGUUGAUGCGCAUGAGCGCAUCUCAACAACCUAUGCUCUAGUAUAAUCAGGGGAUACACUAAUGACAAUCCCAACUUUUCUCAAGCAAUCAAGGAGAUCGUACAGAUUCACCACCGAACCUCAAUCUGGGAAGAAGCCCACCAAUGUCCAUGAGCCCUGAUGAAGAUUAAGUGUUGUGAAACGGCUUCUUCUGAUUUUUCGCUAAUUAAUCAGAUGAUUCUCUUCUUAAUAAAUGGAAGAGGCCGUUUGGCCUCAGUUUCAAGAAAAAAAGAUCAAGAAAAAAAGAA